CUGGAGGAUCGGUCCAUAAUUUUGCUGUUUCAGUCGCAUCUUCUUUCCUCUUGUCUGUCACUCACAGUUCAACUUGUCCCACUCCGCUGCAGGUCGGCUUCCUUGCUGGACUAAUCACCAACCAACCUCCGCUUCCUCUCUCCCCUCGUUUCCCCUCACUUCAACCACCACUGCUGCGAGGAUGUUCCGUCGCUCUCGUCGCAUCGCAGCCCUCUCCGCCCUCCUGGGACUUAUCCUCCUCUACCACUUCUACACCCUUCGCUCCGAGCUACAUCCUCAACAAAAUGACGAAGCCCGUCGCACUCUGCCCGAAUGUCCUUCCCUCCCGGGGAUGGAGGACGUCCUCGUCGUGAUGAAGACCGGCGUCACCGAGUCCCUCGACAAAGUUCCCGUCCAUUUCCACACCACCCUCCGUUGCGUCCCUCACUACGUCAUAUUCUCGGACUUUGCGGAAGAAAUCGAAGGGGUCAAGAUUCAGGACGCCUUUGUUGGAAUGGACACCACCGUGCGGGAUACCGUCGAGGACUUCAACCUUUACAACCGUCUCCGCGAACAAGGCCGUGCCGGUCUCGAGUCCGCCGACUUCGCUGACGAGGCCAAUUCCAACAUCGGCAAACCGAACAACCCGGGCUGGAAGCUUGAUAAGUGGAAGUUUCUCCCUAUGGUUCAACAAGCGCUGGCCUAUAAAGACGACGCGAAGUGGUACGUCUUUAUGGAGGCGGACACAUAUUUCUCGUGGCCCACGCUUCUCGCAUGGCUCGCACAUUUUGACUCCAGUGAGCCGCACUAUAUCGGAACCGAGACCCAGAUCGCGGACGUCAUCUUCGCGCACGGCGGAUCAGGCUUCCUCGUCUCCAACCCGGCCAUGCGGCUGGCUUCUAAAGAAUACGCCUCGCGGACGGUGGAGUUGAACGAAUACACCGAUUGGCACUGGGCUGGCGAUUGUGUCCUAGGCAAGGUUCUCGCGGACGCCGGGGUGCCUUUGCACUACUCCUGGCCCAUGCUCCAGAACUCCAACCUCGGCGAGAUCGACGAGUUCGCCACGGGCUUCUAUCGCAAGCCAUGGUGUUUCCCCGCCGUUGCGUUCCACCACUUAUCAUCCCGCGACAUCCAAGAUUUGUACGAGUAUGAGCGUCGCAGAUGGCAAGAUGUAAACAAACAUAUCCUCCUUCACCGCGACGUCUUCAAGGAACUCAUAUACCCCGAACUCUCCAAUGUCCGCGACAGCUGGGACAACCUUUCCGACCAAGAACGCCCCGACAUCACCACCUUUCACGAGUGUCAGACCACGUGCGCCGAAGCGGCCAACUGCGCCCAGUUCGUCCUCCGCGCCGGCGUCUGCUUCCUCGGCGAGACGCCCCGGCUGGGAGUCCGCAACCCCGAGGCUCGGUCCGGCUGGGUCCUGAACACGAUCGACAAGAUGAUGGAACAUGCGCCACGGUGUGGUCGGCCGGACUUUGGUUUAUAGACUUCUCUUUUUCUUGUCCCCCCCCCCAAAAAUCACACAGAAACCUUGUCAGAACACUAUUCGCUGGCCGAGUAAUCUAUCCCACAAGCUGAUGAAACUAUCCUCUGUUCUUCUUUCGGGAUGGUGGGUGUGGUGCUAUCUGUUUCUUUAUAUCGGAUUAGAUUACACCCCAGCUACCCCUGACCGGACAUCGUGCUCUUCUUCCCAAUUUUCUGGCAAGGAAUUAUGCAUGUAUUGUGGUCGAUGGCGUUUU